AUGCUGAACGUCAGCCUUAUUAGAUCAGUUCUGUUGGCUGCAAUUGCACGUUCGGAUGGUUUUCCGUGUGGAUGGUUUUCUGAAGGAGUCACAUUAGACCACUGGCGAUUAGCUCAGGGUAAACCGAAUGUAUUUUUAUGGCUGGCGUCUACGGGUACUAAUCAGCGACCAGUGAAACCAUUUGCUCUGAUUGAACUUCGCGGACAACAAGCAAAUAAUUUUUUAAGCAGUAAAAUACCAUAUCAGGAUGAAAUUGCGAUACUGUCACUUAGCUAUUGGAUAGUGGGUGGUCCUAAUCUGGAAGUUUGUUUGGUUGAUUCACUGGACAAAAAAUUCAACUGUACGGCUAUGCGGGUGCACAACUUAUGCCGAAAAAAGUUCUGCUUUCACUGCCGCAAGUUCAGGAACCAUUUCGAUGGUUGUACAAGACUGGUUAAAAGUUGUACAAAAUUGGCAAACGUCUCAGCAACACAUAGCGAAAUAAAUGUAUCAGGUGCUUAUCUGGCAGUGUUCUUUUCACGCAAAACUGUAACAAAGAAUAAGUAUCAGCUUUGUGCAGUCACCGCAUUGGAGGAAAAAAUUCGUCUUGCUUGUAGUUGGCGCAAACUCUAUAUUGAUUUGAUAGCUAUUCAAUUGAAAAUUCAUGAAAUCACCGUGGAAGGAAUAACGUCCAGUGCAGAAAAUUCAGGCGUUAUUACAACCUCCUUGAUGAAGCCUAUGUGCGUUACCUUCGUUAAUCGUCCAGAUGGUUAUCCAGCUCCAUCCUAUCCCGUGGCUACCGCUCUCCAAGGUAGAGGAAUGCUGACAAGUGACCCACUGAAAUGCCAAAACUGUGUUGGGAAAUUUGUUUUUCUGUUGAACUCGUUUCUCGGCGAUACAGAUUUAUUCGAGAUGUAA